AUGAACGGCGACAGAGCUCACCCACUGCUGCAGCAGACAGCCCUCAGUGUCAACCCUUUCGUUGACCUUCCCAAGGCGCCCACACUGCCACAUAACUAUGCAUCGAUACCUUCUACGCUACCGCCGUCGAUCGUGAACUCACCACCUGUCCAAUCGAAUCCGGAACUUCCUGCCUACGUCACUUCGUCCUCUGGCUUCGCGGCACACCCCCGAACGAUCAUCAGCCAGAGCAAGUCACUCCUCGAGCAGAUAGAGAAACAGCGGAAAGAUGCGCAACGACAGGUCAACGAGUGGGAGCAGAGUAUGAGAGAUAGAGAAUUGGCUGAGAAGAGGCGUAAAGCACCAGGAUGGCUGGAUACUGAAGACCGCAUCUUGCAGCCGGAGAAGCCAAAGGCGGAGAUGGCAGACCCAGGCAUCAGUCUAAUGGAUGAGCCGGCCGAGGCUGGCGUCCCCGAUGCUCCUCGCCGAGACAAGCAGGUGGAUGAUCUAGGCGCUGCGAUGGAUCGCGCUUUUGGAAGGAGUGAGUUGGGCUGA